AUCAUGGUUGUACUCUAACUCACUUAGACAUAUUAUCGUCCAAAUCCUUAUGUGCAUGACUGUGUCUGUCUACUGUCUAUUGAUGUCAAGGAAUCUGUCAAAUGUGAAGUAGAGUACUCGGGAGUUAUAUUGGCCAGUUGUCACUUAUGACACAGAAUAUAAUAAUACUAUAAAUGAAAAUAUGUAUUAUUGUAUAACAAAUAUUUUCACAUGAGCUGUAGUUGUGAUGUCAUUAAUUCAAUUAUUGUAUUUUUGAGUUUUUUGAGUAUUAAGACUACCCUGUAGUCUUGUUUUUAAUAUUAUCUAAUAUUUAAUAGUUUUUAACUAUUAAAUUAAUACCUGACAGUUUUUAUUCGAUAAUUAUUAUUGUUCUGGUAAUAUUUUUAUUAAUAAUUUUUAUACAAUGGACCAAGAAAAUCAGAGUGUUAUUUAUAUUGAAAACUGGAAUGAUCUAUGUCGAUUGUGUCUCCGCAAUGAACAAAAAUUGCAAAAUUUAUUUUUCGAAGAAACCCUUUUGGAAAAUGUUCAAGAAAUUACUAAUCUUCAUUUUAAUGUUGAGGAUUCUUUACCUAAUUCUAUAUGCAAAAUAUGUAUCGACCAAGUGAAUUCAUUUGUUGAAUUUCGAGUACGAUGUAAAGCUACGGACGAAUGGCUACGAAAUGAAGGUGCCAUUUCGGAUAAUGAUCAUAAGGAUAAUAUCGAAAUUGUAGAAGUAGUGGACAUCUGGAACGACGGUACUUCAUUGGAAAAGAAUGAAAGCAUAAUUUCCCAAUUAUGUAUAGAAAAUAAUGAUGAUAAAUUUUGUUUGUGUGAAGAUUGUGGAGAAUGCUUUGAAACAACUAAACAACUCACUUUACAUACUAAAACACAUUCUUCUGACCAUAUUAAAUGCACCAUAUGUAAUGUAGUUAUAGAUAACUAUAAUAAAUUUGAUAAUUCAUUAUUAAAAGAUAAUAUUAACCUAUGCAAAAAGUGUAAAAAUUUGAAUAAUAUUGACAAUUUAGAAGUAAAAAAUUCUUAUACAGAAAUUGAGGGUGGUUUUUUAUGUGAAAAAUGUCAAAAAGUUUUCAAAACACUGGCUGGCAUGUUAUCGCAUUUAAGAAAUUAUGAAAAAAAAAUAGAAAUUGGUUCUUUGUCCUAUCAGUGUCAUUUUUGUGAGGAAGUAUUUGCAACUAUUCAACAAGUUUGGAUACAUAUGAAGACUCAUGCUCCCGGUGAGAAAAUAAAAUGUCGUCAUUGUGAAAAAUGUUUCAAAUCAUACUUAACACUUGUUCGUCAUGAAAACAAACAUGAAGGUACAUUUAAUUAUGUAUGUUCAUAUUGUGGAAGAGCUUUUGUUACACCAUAUGGUCGCGAUAGACAUGAAAUGACCCAUAAUGCGGCUAAAGAUGUGCAAUGUGAAAAAUGCACAAUGACAUUUUAUACUAGAGCUGAAUAUAACAGACAUAUGAGAUAUCAUGAUAAUGUUAGGAACUUUUUGUGUUCGUUUUGUGGUAAACGAUUUUUUGAAAGUGCUCAUAAAACAAUUCAUGAACGUGCCCAUACUGGAGAAAGACCAUUUGCCUGUAAUUUUUGUGGAAAGAAAUUCAUGUCUAAACAAAAAGCACGUCGACAUCAAGCCAUUCACUCAAGACAUAAAAAUAAAAAAUAAAUGAAUACUAUAAUUUAUUAAUUAUUUUAAUUCUCUAUAAUAUAAGUUUGUUCCUAUAAUAUAAUUUUUUGUUAUUACAUUUUGUUAUUAUUAAAGUUACCAAAUAUUACUUUUCAUCUCUGUUUUGUAUUACAGUUCCACUUAAUGUGAUCACAUUGGUUCAGGCCAUUUUGAUUCUAUUAACCAGUUGAUUUCUGAUAUCAUUAAAAAAAAUUUUUAAUGUUUCUAUAUUUUACGCAUACUUAAAUUAAAUUAAAAUAGAUAAAAAAAAUAAAACAUUCAUUUAAAAUAAAGUAAAGAAACUAUCCAUUUUCGUUUGUACUUAAGAAACUUCUAAUUUCAUUUUUAUAUUGUUCUGAAAUUAAAAUCCAUAUUCACGGUGUAUAACUAAUUUUUCAACUAUGCAAAAUUCAAUAUAAUAUAAUAUGUAAAACUAAAUUAAUGCUAAAUGUAUUACUGUCCCUUCUGAAAUAGAAUUGGUGGUCGGUACAUUUAAACUUCUAACUAAAACAUAGAUUCUUCUACAUAUACAUUUCAUUUUUGUCUCACUGACAAGUUUAAAAAUGAAAUUCAUCCUAUACAUUAAUCAGUUUGAAAUAUCAUAAAAAUAACAAGAACCAUGGGCAUGUGUAGAACAUAUUAUGUAGAUAUGGGAUGGAUCACUUAAAAAUUAAAUAAGGAAAAACAGAGAAAAGAUUUUUAUGCGAAACUAGUUAACUGUAGCGCAGUUAAAUGAAAAUUUCACCGAAUGUUAAUAUUACCAUUUUCUAUAGAUCAUAACAUUUUCAAAAUAUUUUAACACUUUUUAUACUAUUUAUAGGCAGAAGAAAAUUCCGAUAUUUAUUAGUUUUUUUAAAAAUUAUUGUCCAUAAAUAUAUUUUCGCUUGGUCAAAAAACUUAAAAAUUCUAAUACAAGGUUUAUCAUAAGUUUUUUAUUGGAAAUUAAAAAAAAAGUUGAGGGUAAAUCUACAACAUUUUUUUAUUUUUUCAAAAUAUUUGGACUCAUUUUGAUCCCUAAUAGAAAUAUUCAUUUUUUUAGUUUUUUUUCUACAAAUGCCGAUGAACGUAUCUAGACGCCUACUGUACAGAAGAUCAGUACCCACUUGCCCACUUUUUUAUAUAUAAUAUUAUAGUUUUAGAUUAGUGCAGAGGCCACUACUUUGUGAUUUAUCUUAAAAAUUAUGAAUAUGUAUCCUCCCCCAAUGAAAAUUCCUGUCUAUGCCAUUUGGAUAAAAAAGUUCAUAAGAGUGAUUCAAUUAUCAGAUGCAUGGUGAUUCUAAUAAAAGUUAAAUUUAACGUUACUCGUUAGUGACAUACAAUUUAGUUUAGGGUUUUCUUUUUUUGAUUCUAAUAAACUGGUUGGAUCUAUAAACCAGUGAUCACAAUAAGCGGAACUAACUGUAUUAGUAUUUUAUUGUGAUUCUGGAUUUAUAUACUGUUAUAAUUUUGGUUAUAAUUUAUUACUUAGUAUUUGAUAAUAUUACUUUUCAUCUCUAUUUUGUAUUUGUAUUUGAAUGGGAUUCUGAAUAUAUAUAUAUAUAUAAUGUUAAAAUUACUUAAUAUUAAUGUUGGUUAAAACAUUUUGUAUGAAUUAUUUAUUCUGUAAUUUAUCAAUAAAAUCUGAUAUAGAGUUUAUCUGUAUAAGCUACUUCAAGAAAUAUAAUUUUUAUAUUAUCAAAAUAAUGUUUUUAA